UCAAUGAAGUAGUUCAGUGUUCUUGAUGACACCGACCUGCAGCAGGGUUGAUAAAUUCGGCUGUAGUGGAAAUACUGGGAAGCAAGCCUGGGCAGACGAAGAGCUGUGUUCUGCUCCUCCUUGGAUGGUUGUUUUGGAAGGCACCGUUCAGGGCUGUGGCUGGCACAGCAGCAGUGAGCAGAGGAGGACUUUGGGUGCUUUAAGCUGAUGUUCUGUCUCUGUGUUUGGGAUGAGCCAGGAGCCAUGUAUUCCUAGUUGUAUCUGGCUUUGGAAAGACCCUCCCUGUUGCACUCAAGCCUGUACGGCUUCUUUAGGUGGGUGAAGCUGAUUGCUUCACCUUCUAUGUUAUGCUGCUUCUCCAGUCUGUGCAUGGAGCUUUGCUGGCAGGUGAAGUAAUGUUACCUAGUAGGCUUACGCUGAAGGAGAGGAAAUAAAUUCCAUGUGCCUCCUGUUUCUGCAGCUGAUUCUGUGUAGCCCUGGAUGCCGGAGCUGGGAAAUGGCUUGGGCACGGGGUGAACUAGUAGAACUCUGGGAAUUUGCCAGCAAGCAGAACCAAAGGAGAACCUCAGUUGUAGCCUGACCAGUGCCUGUGCUGGCUGGAACUGUGCUUCUCCACAGCGUCUUUGUUGCAUGUUGUGCCUCAUCACAGAAGCACAGAUAUGCAGAGCAGGAGAGAACGGGAGCUUUAGGCUGCCUUGGGCCAUGGCUCUGUGUCAGGAAGCAGGAAUAUGGUGAAUGCACUGAGGAAACUACAGCAAAUGUGCUUUUUGUUCACCCAUGUGAGUCAUAGGAGGAAGGACACGGGGCAGACUGGCGGCUGGCAGACCUGACCCGCCUGGGCAGAGGCAGCCCUGCGCAUGCUGAGGAUGAGCCCAGCUGGAGAGCUAAGCAGGGCCACACGGUCUGGAGUGAUUUGCCCUCACGAGCGCUGCCUGCAGAGGCUUUCCCCAUCUGCCGGUCAGAGCCCAGGGAGCUGCCAGCUGGUGCAUGGGAGAAGGAAGCUGCCAAUCCUGUUGGGAAGCGAGAAAGCCUCUGGCUGUGUUAGCAGACAGUCCGUGCAGCGCUGACACCCAGGGCUCUUGGACACCCCUGUGUGCUUUGGAGUUUCAUGCCAUCUUGGUGUGUGCAGGACACGGGUGAACCUGGGCCAGGCUGGAGAUGGGGUGUUUGUAAGCACGUUGGAUCUUGCCAUGCACCCAACCGAGUCGGUGGAUGGUAGCUUUUCCCGCUCAGCUGUGCAGACCCUCUCUCGCAGCCACUGCCGCAACAUCAAACAGAAGAUCUCCCAGUGGGAGGGGAGGACACAAGCGUGCACCAGCAAGGAGAAAGAGCAGCUGAAGGACUUGGGAGUAAAGUAUGAUCCCAGCUCUGGUGUUGUAUCGAGAAGGAAGACUGAACAUACAGAGAAAAGCAGACAAAUUGGAUCCAAAGAUCCCAAGAGUCUGGGUUUGGACUUCAGGGAAGAUGCACGGAGUCGCGUGCGGACUGGUGGCUGUGGUUACCUUCAGCCCUGUGCACGCAGCUCAGCUUCCCAAGCCAAGGAGAAAGGACAGUGUCCAGCAGGAUUCCUGGAUGCAGUGGCAGCACUACCCCCAGGUAACUUUUAUACCUCGCAGGCACUAUGGAGAGCAAAUCCCCUCCUGCCUGGCAAAGACUCACCAGUCCCCUUGGACCCUCAGAGGAAGCAAGGGAGCUGUGGCUUCAUGGAAAAAGAACUCAAAAUUAAAGGAACUGACCCUCUCUGCAGGGCAGAGAGGAGCUUGAACAACAUUUACUCUGAGGCUGAGGGGCAAGAGGAGGAGGGACCUGCUGUCCCACCACCCAAGCCCCGUAGGACUUUCCGUUACCUUGUAGAAAAGACUGCCAGCAGCUGUGGUGAUGCCAGUACUACCAGGGAAGCUCCCCUGCAAAAGCAGCAGCAUGGAGGAGACUUGGUGUCAUCCUCCAAUGAUCCUGAGAAGAAAGUUGCCAGCAGGAGGAUCAGACGGAGAAGCCAGAGGAAAUCUUUUGAGUUUGAGGACAUCCAGGGCUUCCGCAACCGGACAGCAGCCACCAAGUCCCGCAGACUUCGAGAAGAAACAAAUGGCACUAUGGGAUCCAGGCUUGUCUACACACAGUCAGAAGACAACAUCUACGAGGACAUUAUCUGUCCUGUGAAAGAGAACCCCUAUGAAGAUAUCAGAGUGCUACCCUUAACCCUGUGGAAGGUCCCAUCUGUCUGGAAGCUACCAACCACCCGGAGCACCAAUGGGGCUCCCAAGCCUCCCCCAAAACCUCCCUUCCUCAGUCGCAAGACUCUUGAGCUAAAGCCCUCCCAGACAAGUUUGCAAGGGAAAAUGGUGAAGGACACUACCCUACCUGUCACACUGACCGAAUGGAAGCUGUUCCGAGCAGUGGAGGCUGCCAGCAGGAGAAAGAACUUGCCCUGGCUGGUGCUAAAAAUACAGGAGAUCUUUGAUUCCAAGCGUGGAAAAAAGAGGGUGAAGUUGCUCAGUCUUGCUGGGAGAGAAGUGCCUCCAAUAAAAGGUGAAACCAGUGGGAAUGAAAGUGAUACGGAAAAUCAGCCAAGAAGUCGACCCCGGCGCCUGCUGCAGGGACAAUCAGCCUCCAAGAGGAACCCGCACUACCAGACUUUGGAGAGGGAUUUGAUAGAGCUUCAGGAACAGCGGCUUUUUGAGCUGUUUGUGGUGGUGUCACUGCACAAGAAGGCAGAUGAGAUGGCGUACACACCACAGAUUGUGCAGCAGUUUCCCAGUAAGCCUGAACAUGCCUUCAGACAGUCAAAGGAUACUGAGGAGAGGCUAAAGGUCAUUCCCAAAUUCUGCUUUCCAGAUCCCAAAGACUGGUUUCCUGCAUCAGACCUUAAAAGUGAAACAUUUUCUUUUGUGUUGACGGGCGAGGAUGGCAGCCGCUGGUUUGGGUACUGCAAGAAGCUCCUUCCAGAAGGGAAAGGGAAGCGCCUUCCUGAGGUCUACUGCAUUGUCAGCCGCCUGGGCUGCUUCAACCUCUUCUCCAAGAUUUUAGAUGAAGUGGAGAAGAGGCGAGAGAUGUCCCCAGCCCUCGUGCAUCCAUUCAUGCGUAGUGUCAUGGAGGCACCCUUCCCUGCUCCUGGACGCGUGAUCACUGUGAAGAGUUACCUGCCAGGUGCAGGAAAUGAGGUGAUGGAGCUCUGCCGUCCCUUGGAUUCUCGACUCGAACACAUUGACUUCGAAUGCCUGUUCCAGUGUCUGAGCGUCUCUCACCUGAUUCGGGUCUUUGCCUCUCUCCUGCUGGAAAGGAGGGUGAUCUUUGUUGCUGACAACUUAAGCACGCUCUCUAAAUGUGGCCAUGCUGCUGUAGCAACGCUUUAUCCCUUCACUUGGCAGCACACCUACAUACCAGUCCUACCAGCUUCUAUGAUUGACAUCGUGUGCUCUCCAACCCCGUUCCUCAUUGGCAUUCUCGCCUGCUCCUUACCACAACUCUGGGACCUGCCUCUAGAAGAGGUUCUGAUUGUAGAUCUCCGUGCUGACAAGUUCUUGCAAGAGGUGUCAGAUGAAGACGAGAUCCUGCCUCACAAGCUCCAGGCUGCGCUUGUACAGAUCUUAGAAGAACGAAGUGAAAUCCUGUCACAUGAGCAGAGUGACACACAAGGUGCCAUGCCUCUCAACUCCCUGGUCUCGGAAGCUUUUGUGCAGUUCUUUGUGGAGAUCGUUGGGCACUACUCCCUGCAUAUGAGCGUCACGGAAAAAGGGGAGCGGGUGUUCCAGCGGGAGGCAUUCCGCAAAUCCCAUGUGUCACGAAACGUCCGUCAUUUCUUGCACUUCUUCAUGGAGACGCAGAUGUUUGCAGGGUUCAUACAGGAGCGGGAGUUAAGCAAGAAUGCGGUCAAAGGUGAGGUUUGAUCUUACUUGUCCGGCUU